AGGACGCGGAGGAGCCGUGGGACCUGGAGCAGCCAGCCCCGGUGGCCACCCCUCGCUCGCUCGAUUGCGCACCGGCUCUCCUCCGGCCAGGGCGCGGGGCUACGCUCGCUCUCGCUCUCCCUCUCCUCGCUCUCGCUCUGUCUCCUCUCUCUCUCCCGCCCUCUCGCUCGCUCGCCACGCUCACCAUGCUGCUGCCGCGCCUGUGCUGGCUGCCGCUCCUCGCCGCGCUGCUGCACCCGGCGCCCGCGCAGAAGUUCUCCGCGCUCACGUUCCUGAGAGUUGACCAAGACAAAGACAGAGAUUGCAGCCUGGACUGUGCGGGCUCUCCUCAGAAGCCACUCUGUGCCUCUGAUGGGAGGACUUUCCUCUCCCGCUGUGAGUUUCAGCGGGCCAAGUGCAAAGACCCGCAGCUGGAGAUGGCCCACCGUGGGAGCUGCAAAGAUGUGUCUCGGUGUGUGGCUGAGAGGAAGUACACUCAGGAGCAGGCCCGCAAGGAGCUGCAGCAAGUGUUCAUCCCAGAAUGCAAUGCAGACGGCACCUACAGUCAGGUCCAGUGUCACAGCUACACGGGCUACUGUUGGUGUGUCACGCCCAAUGGAAGGCCCAUCAGUGGCACCGCUGUAGCCCACAAGACGCCCAGGUGCCCGGGUUCCAUGAAUGAAAAGUUACCCCAAAGGGAAGGCACAGGAAAAGCAGUCUCCUUGCAAAUCUUUUCCGUUCUGAAUUCAGAUGAUGCCGUAGCCCCGGCGUUGGAGACUCAGCCCCAAGGAGAUGAAGAAGAUAUUGCAUCACGUUACCCAACCCUCUGGACUGAGCAAGUGAAAAGUCGGCAGAACAAGACCAAUAAAAAUUCAGCCUCCUCCUGUGACCAGGAGCACCAGUCUGCCCUGGAGGAAGCCAAGCAGCCCAAGAAUGACAACGUGGUGAUCCCUGAGUGUGCUCAUGGUGGCCUUUACAAGCCAGUGCAGUGCCACCCAUCCACAGGGUACUGCUGGUGUGUGUUGGUGGACACAGGGCGCCCCAUUCCUGGCACAUCGACCAGGUAUGAGCAGCCCAAGUGUGACAGCGCAGCCCGGGCGCACCCGGCGAAGGCCCGGGACCUGUACAAGGGCCGGCCCCUGCAGGGUUGUCCUGGUGCCAAAAAGCAUGAGUUUCUGACGAGUGUUCUGGAUGCGCUAUCCACAGACAUGGUCCACGCCCUCUCUGACCCUUCGUCCUCCUCUGGCAGGGUCUCCGAGCCUGACCCCAACCACACCCUGGAGGAGAGGGUGGUACAUUGGUACUUCAAGCUACUGGAUAAAAAUGCCAGUGGGGACAUUGGUAAGAAGGAAAUUAAGCCCUUCAAGAGGUUUCUGAGGAAGAAAUCCAAGCCCAAGAAGUGUGUGAAGAAGUUUGUGGAGUACUGCGAUGUGAACAAUGACAAGUCCAUCUCGGUGCAGGAGCUGAUGGGCUGCCUGGGCGUCACCCGAGAGGAAGGCAACACAGAUGCCAGGAAGACCCACACCCCGAAAGGAAGCGCUGACAGCCCUCCUAAUAGACAGCCCAGGAAGCAAGGAUGAAUGGCUAACUACCCAAGGCAGUUCCUAGACAUGUGGGCAUCUCCCUCACCAAAGAGCAAUUAAAAGCCAAAAAUAUAGUAUUUGCACUUUGUACUUUAAAUGUAAAUUCACUUUGUAGAAAUGAGAUAUUUAACAGACUAUUUUAAUCUGUGAAAAUGGAAGGCUGGCUUCAGAAACUUAAUCACAUACAAUGUAUGUGUCCUCGUCUGACCUUCGGAAUCUGUACUUGGUGGAGGUGGGUUGAGCAAUCACUUUUCUGUCUCUUCAUGGAAGGCUUGCUUCAAACCCGUGUCCUCUCCCUCUGCCAAGCAGUCUCCUGUCGUCUGCUUGCUCCGGGCACUGCUGAUGCAAGCUGGAAGCCUUGUUUCCUUAGAAGCUUGCAGCUUAGAACCAUGCGGCUGAUGUGCAUGUUCACUUGGUUGUUGGGGUUUUGUGUUAGCUGUCCCUUUUUUUGCUCCCCACAGACCUCACUCACACCAUGAGCUAUGCACAUGCUACCGCGAGACACAGCUGUAACCUUGGUAGCUCCUGGUUGCCUGCUGUCAGAUUAUCUUUGUGUUUCCAUUCCUAGUUUCUAUCUGAGUUUUGCCUAGCACUUGGGCUUGGCCUGCUAUUAAGUUUUAAGGAAGUCAUUCUUAAUGUUGGCAGGCAGCCUGGAGGGGCCUCUUUUAGAGGACAAAUCUAGUACUGGUGGGCUAAGCACCUGCCUCUCCUCCACCGACCCAUUCUGUUUGGCCCUCGGUGGCACCCAUUAAAAGGGAAAAUGGCCUUUGGAGGGAUCACAAACAGUCUCCUGAGGAAGCCACAGGCACAGUACAUCAUGCCAAAUCACUGAAUGGCAGCCAGCAGAGAACACCUGGGGUCAUCUUCUCUCUGCCGAGGCUUCCAGAGCAGGAGGGCAGGCCAUGAUGUUCACCAGAAGUCCUUAUGGGACGAGGGCCAGGAGGCGGAUGCACAAGUGGUGGGAGACAGAAGCGGCCUGUGUGUGUGCUCGGCUGCUGUCCUCAGACCUGGGCCAGCUCGCUCCAAGCCCAGCGUUCUGAAGGAAACCUUGUGCAGCGGGAGAGCUGGGGUGAUGAUCUCAGCACAGGCUUUCAGGUGGAAAUCCACUCCUGGUCUCCAGCCUUCCAGCACGUGUGUAUGGAUGUGCACGCACACUGCAGGCCUUUGCUCAUUUGGACUGCGCAAAAGUGAAAGCCAAGCCUCUGGGGACCCAGACCAGCUCAAGUGCAUGUAUGUCACCAUUGUCCAAGAAACAAGUGUGGUACCAACUGUUUUGGAUAAUCUUUUAUAUGUCUGAACUCUGAAUUUAUUCGUUUUUAUUAGAUUAAAAUAUGCUAUCAAAAAUGUC